UGCGGGAGAGGGGGAGAGCCGGGCUGCGCGGGGGCGCAUGUGUCCCACGCUCCACGCUCCGUCUUGCAGGCCGGCCCACGGACACGAAGCCGGAAGGGAACUGGCGAGCGCGGGGUUGUGAGCCGGGAGUCCAGCUCGCCCUGCUCUCGGGAGCAAGCCGGGUCUUGGCGCUCGCUCUCUUGCCGGAGCCCGCCCAGAGCUGGGUGUGAGCCUGGCGUCACGUCAACGAGCAGAGGCAGCCAGGCAGCGGGGCGGAGUGCGCGUGCGCGGCUCGCGGGGCGUGGGAGCGGGCUCGGGGCGGCGGCGGGCACGCGCGCGCGCGCGCGUCCCCGGGCAGCCUGGGCGGCCGCUGCUGCCUGUAACUGCUCGCUGCGGCGCUGCUGCUCGCCGGUCGUUUCCCUGGAAGGCAGCGGAGGCGGCGGUUGCUCCAGACACCUGCGGCGGCGACCCCCCGGCGGCGGCGGCGGCGGCGGCGGCGGCGCGGAGAUGUGGCCCUUGGUGGCGGCGCUGUUGCUGGGCUCCUGCUGCUGCGGUUCAGCUCAGCUACUCAUACGUGAAGUCAAAUCUGUAGAAUACACGUCGUGCAAUGAGACUGUCAUCAUCCCGUGCAUCGUCCUCAAUGGGGAGGCACAGAGCACUGAAGAAAUGUAUGUCAAGUGGAAGUUAAACAAAACGUACAUUUUCAUCUAUGACGGGAGCAAAAACAACUCUACUGUAGAGACUAGCUUUGCCAGCGCAAAAAUCUCCGUCUCAGACUUACUGAAGGGCGAUGCCUCUUUGAAAAUGAGUAAGCAUAAUGCCGUCGUGGGAAACUAUACGUGUGAAGUUACAGAGUUAUCCAGAGAAGGCAAAAUGGUGAUAGAGCUGAAGUACCGUAUGGACGUCAACUGUUGCCAAGGAUCAGACUGUUCUAACCACACUACCCCGGCAGGGGACGAGAAGGAGAAAGGAGGUUGCAGAUUAGCAUCAUGGUUUUCUCCAAAUGAAAAGAUCCUCAUUGUUAUUUUCCCAAUUUUGGCUAUACUCCUGUUCUGGGGAAAGUUUGGUAUUUUAACGCUGAAAUAUAAAUCCACUCGCACGAAUAAGAGAAUCAUUCUGCUGCUCGUCACCGGGACUGUGCUCACUGUCAUUGUCAUUGUUGGAGCCAUCCUCCUCAUCCCGGGAGAAAACCCUGUAAAGAGUGCUUCUGGACUUGGGCUGAUUGUCAUCUCUAUAGGAGUAUUAAUACCACUUCAGUACAAUGUGUUUAUGACGGCUUUUGGAAUGACCUCCUUCACCAUCGCCAUAUUGAUCACUCAAGUGCUGGGCUAUGUCCUUGCUUUGGUUGGACUGUGUCUCUGCAUCAUGGCUUGUGAACCAGUGCACGGCCCCCUUUUGAUUUCAGGUUUGGGUAUCAUAGCUCUACCAGAAUUACUUGGACUAGUUUAUAUGAAAUUUGUCGCUUCCAACCAGAGGACUAUACAACCUCCUAGGAAAGCUGUAGAGGAACCCCUUAACGCAUUUAAAGAAUCAAAAGGAAUGAUGAAUGAUGAAUAAGUGAGGGGAAGUGAUGGACCGUAACUGGAGCGUCCGAAGUGGAGGAAUACAUGUAUGUUUAAGCAUCAUGACCUUGAGGACUCAUGGCUGGCAAGAAGAAUACAAGCAACAGUAACUGAUUUUCAUCUAUGAAAGAACAUGUCAUUGACCCAUAGAUGAUUAUCCCAGUUCAGUUUAUAUUCAGAGCAGCUGUAAUUUACUUAAUAAAAGAAUUAUGAUUGUGUCGUGUAACCAAUUGAAAUCCAUUUUUCUAUUGUUUCUACUCAACUAGGGGCAAAAGUAUCAGGGGCAACUUCCAAGAAUAAUGUUGGCUAGAUCCUUGAGUCUCUGGACACAGGGUUUAAAUCAGUUCUGGAGGAGACUUGCCUCGCAUUAACCUGAAGGUUACCCAGAGAUACCUGUGAAAAACAGUGGUAUCCAGCAAGCCUUAGUAAACUCAGGUUCCCAGCAGCUUUGUCAUUCAUGCUGCUAGCUGAAUAAUGUGACUGCCACUUCUGGGUCAUAGCGAUAGAGACGGAAGUAGAAACAUUAAUUUGGCCAGGCAGAUCCUGUAUGCCCCCAAUGUGUGCUAUGAUACUGAUGGCACUAGCGUUUUCCUUCUUGGGGGUUGCCUCCAAUUCACACACACACACACACACACCCCUUUGACAUAAAGUGCACCCAGAUUUUGGAUACUUUUUUUUUUCCUUAGAGAUGUGGUUUUCUUUUUUUGCACACAACCCUUUGCACCCUAUCCCGUCCUGCUGCUUGCAUUUGCGGUACAAGAUGGAGUACCUUUUCCCCUCUUCAAACGUGGUCCUCUGACACAGUAGUGUCAGUUGCAGAAGGGAGCCAGACUUCUCAAAGCACUGUGCUCAUUCAUACUCUUCAGCAAAAAAAAAAAAAAAAAGAAAAAGAAAAAGAAAAAAAAAUAGCUAUGGUUGUAACAUAUGUAUUCCAGACCUCUGGUUUGAAGGCAAAAAUCCACAGUGUUUCUUCCCAUGUUUUCUGAUGGGAGGCAUGACCAAGCAAGACUGAAAUCUGAACUAUGCGUCGUCUCCUGCAUGGCAACAUGUGUCUCCAUCAGGCCCUAGCCGGGCCGGGGAGGAGGUUUUACGCCUGUUGUCUCUUUGUUGCAUGAUGAACACUCAUCUCCUUCCUCCUGUCUCCUGCCUCCUGCCUCCUCCUCUUCCCCUAAGUUCGAAAAGGAAAACAAAACGACCACAUCCCCCACCCGGUUAGAAGACAACCAACGUCCUGACAGUUGUGAUCGCAUGGAGUACUUUUAGAUUAUUAGCACUUGUUUUUACCUUGUUUGUGGGCGUGUUUGUAUGUGCACAUGUAUAAAGGUAGGCACAUGCAUCUUCUGUACAGACAAAAGUGAGGCAUCUACAGAAGUGCAAAUGCUAACUUUGUGCUGUUAGUAAAUACAUUUAAAAACCAAGGUCCUUAUUGGGUGGAAUUAUAUUUGAUGCAAAUAUUUGAUCACUUUAAAACUAGAUAAUGUGCCAAGCUUUUUUGACUGCUCACCAAUGCCCUCUAAAAAAAAAAUACCAGUAAUUUCUCCUGUUUGUGUAAUAAGGCAUUUGUAUUUGUGUUUGCAUUACUAAUGGUUAUUUGUUCUCAGUCUACUGAAUGUUUCCAUGUGCCUCUUGUAUGCCAAAUUUAUUGUCAUCUUUCAUGUGGGGACCAAGUGGUUUGUCCAUGGCAAACCUAAACUUACGACCUGCUGAGGCCUCUCAGAAAACUGACCACAUUAUGAAGAUAGUGCUUUUAAAGAAAAGUAGGUUUCCUCCCUGAUUUUGUAGCUGUUCAAAAUAUCCCUGUAUAGAGAGGGAGCUGAAUGCCUUUAUACCAAUCAGAUGGCUCCUGAUGCUUUUCCUUCUCCUUCUGAAAAUAUUUAUACUUUGCUCAUAUCGUUGGUUACUUUGAAAUCAGUUUCGGUGAAGAGAGCAAAAAGCAGAUGGACUUGGAAGAUACCCAAAUUUUCCUAUUCUCCAUUAAGAGUCAGAUGUGAAAAUCUUUAUAGUCGAUUUUUUUGUUGUUUUUUUAUGAACUAAAGUUGUACCUUUUAAUGCGCAGUCACUGCCCCUCUGCUCGGGGUUCAGUCUUGGGUCUUAACCAGCUCUCAUGUCCUCUUUGCUGCCCGCCAUUAGAGGCAUUGAGUACCCUAGACAGUGCCACCAGUGGUAGCCUGGGAAACACAAGAUGAACUCGACUGUUGUUCGUAGUUAAUCAACUUCUCUAUAUAAGGGACCACAGCAGCAAGAGUCCUUCUGCCUGGGCAUUAUUGGGCCAGUUCACCCUCUUUAAAUCAGUCCCACAAUGGCUCCCGGCUCGCAUCCUAGCAGAUUUAAAUUGCUGACAGUAUUGUGGGCAGCAUGCAUCUGUUUUGCCCCACAAUGUGCUUUUUUCUCCCUGAUCCCAGUUUCUGCUGUCAUAUCCGCUCUUCGAUUUUUAUUUAUUGUCUGCUCUCCAUUUAUACAAUAGUACGAAGUGAUGCCAUUUGUCAUUUUCCGCAACACUUUUUCCAGCCUUUAUGGCUGAAGCCCAUUUUUCUUCUCUCUCAGAUCUUUGCGCUUCAGCCCUCAUCUGUCAAUGGCUGUUCUUUGCGCUCUGUCCCCGUCUGUCUGGGGGCCCCUUUCAUCUCUCACUUACCCUUCCCGGUGCUUCAUGUAUCUCCGCUUAGCUCUGUUGGGUUUUUUGUCAUCUUCUUCUCACUGGACUUUAAAAAUUUCCUUCGGCAGCAAAAGCAUGGCUUCCUGUUUCUCCUCUUCUUCCUGCAGUGUUCUGCAUACAUUCGCAGGCACUCAGAAGUUUGGUGGCAAGAGUUGCCUGUACUUAGAUUUCUCGUUUUAAUAGGGUGAGCUAGGGCGUUUUCUUUUUCUUUUCUUUUGGACAAAUUUCACAUGCUUUGAAAAUCGUUAAGAGGUGAUGCUUCACCUGAAAAUUCCAAGUCUGGUCUGUUGAAAUUAUUGAGAAUAUCAAACUAAACGUCACGGGGCAGCAUCAUACAUAAUAGGCUUUCUUUCAGGAUGUUGUAGUCAAUAUAGUGGCCAAAUUGUAUUUGCAUUAAUAAAGCUCAAAAAGUGAUGCGUUCACUCUGCUAGUAUCUCAUUAAUAAGAGUUCAGCUGUAUAUCAUCGUCCAGGUUUAUCUUGUCUUAUAAUGGGUAUUCAAAAAUGGCCGCCAGAGGAUGUGUGUGUAAAUACAAACGCGUGUAUUUGCCUGGUGUUGGGAAGUAGAGAAAAAAAAAAACAAAAAAACAUGUCUGGCAACCCUUUGUUUUUUUACUGUACUUAACUGAGGGUUUAUUUUGAGAUGAGCAUUUUCAAAAAUCUCUUAAUCGCCACACCCACUAGGGGUCUUGUUAAGUCAUCUUUUGUGGCUAAAAGGGAUGAUCCAAGUUAACUUUAAAGAGAUGAGCAGUACCCAGGAUAUUGUCCUGCCUAUAACUUUGAUCGCCCUUAAUUAUAACUGUUUAAUACUGAGUUUUCCAUGAAUCUACUAUUUGGAGGAAAAGAAAGGGCAUUUUUAAUAAGCGUUUCUAUAAGAUAGCAUCAGGGGCGUCUUUAGAGUGUUGUUAUCAUAAUGGAUGAAAGAGGAAAAUACUUUUGAUUUUUAUUAAACAGAGCAUUAUUUACAGAAAGCCAUUGUUGAGAAUUAGUUCCCACGUCAUAUAAAUAUCCAUUAACCAUUCUAAAUUGUAAGAGGACUCCAGUGUUGCUAUGUGCAAGGUUCUCUCCUGGGGGCCUUUUUGCAUAGCAAUUAAAGGUGUGCUAUUUGUCAGUAGCCAUUUUUUGCAGUAAUUUAAAGACCAAAGUUGUUUUACAGCUAUGUUACCCUUAAAGUUUUUUUUUAUAUGUAUUAAAUCAAUUUAUCACUGUUUGAAGCUUUGAAUACCUGCAAUCUUUGCCAAGAUACUUUUUUAUUUAAAAAAAAUAACUGUGUAAAUAUUACCCUGUAAUAUUAUAUAUACUUAAUAAAACAUUUUAAGCUA